GUUUUAAUUGAAGAACGUAAGAAACGUGACGUUGUUCAUUAACUUUUUCAGAAGAAAUGGCGGCAGAAAGACCCGACGGGGACAGAGACUCAGACGGAGACAUGGAUGGAGACUCCGGUAAAAUCAGCCCGCUGGUCGGCGAGGACGAGUUCAAAGCGUCCUGCGCCAAAGAGAUGGCUCUGCUCGAUCUGAUGGAGAAGACGGGAUACAACAUGGUGCAGGAGAACGGACAGAGGAAGUACGGAGGACCUCCGCCAGGUUGGGAGGGCCCGGCCCCCCCGCGGGGCUGCGAGGUCUUCGUGGGUAAGAUCCCCAGAGACCUGUACGAAGACGAGCUGGUCCCGCUGUUCGAGAGAGCCGGCCGGAUCUACGAGUUCAGACUGAUGAUGGAGUUCAGCGGAGAGAACCGCGGCUACGCCUUCGUCAUGUACACCAACAGAGAGGCGGCGCAGAGAGCCAUCCAGAUGUUGGACAACUUCGAGAUCCGUUCGGGGAAGUUCAUCGGCGUGUGCGUGAGUCUGGACAACUGCCGCCUCUUCAUCGGCUCCAUCCCCAAAGAGAAGAGGAAGGACGAGAUCAUGGAGGAGAUGACCAAGGUGACGGAGGGCGUGGUGGAUGUGAUCGUGUAUCCGAGCUCCACCGACAAGAGCAGGAACCGAGGCUUCGCCUUCGUGGAGUACGAGUCCCACAAAGCGGCAGCCAUGGCCCGCAGGAAGCUCAUACCAGGAACCUUCCAGCUGUGGGGUCACUCCAUCCAGGUGGACUGGGCGGAGCCUGAGAAAGACGUUGACGAGGAGGUGAUGCAGCGCGUCAGAGUCCUUUACGUCCGUAACCUGAUGCUGAGCACCGACGAGGAAACUCUCCGUCAGGAGUUCUCCCGCUUCAAGCCGGGCUCCGUGGAGCGCGUCAAGAAGCUCACCGACUACGCCUUCGUCCACUACCGUUGCCGCGACGACGCCGUCACCGCGCUCAGCCUCAUGAACGGAGCCCAGAUCGACGGGGCCACCGUAGAGGUGACGCUGGCCAAACCGGCCGGGAUCAAAGAGGGCAGUCUGGUCGGGGGGGGGAGGAGGUACAACAACAACCGGGGUUACCUAGGCAACAACGCAGGAAGUGGAGGAGGAGGGACGUUUGUCCUGCACAGGAGCGAUGGAGGGAUGAUGGGAGGAGCUGGGAGAACCGUGUCCCUGCCGCCUCGCCUGGGAAGCCCCUUCUACACCGGAGCAGAGGACCAGGACCGGUGUGUGUUCCCUUUGUUUCCCGGCGCCCCGCUGUCCCCCACCAGCCUGCUGUCUCUGAAGCAGGGUCAGAUCUGCUCCGCCACCAGUCUGCUGGACUUCUACUGCCGCAAAAACUACUGGUCGCUGCCCGAGUACCACCUGUACUCCACACCGGGACAGGACGGGAAGCUGCUGCUGCUCUACAAGGUGGUGAUCCCGUCAACACGGAGCACCUACAUCCCAGACAAGCUGUGUGUGAUGCUGGAUGACGCCAAAGAGCUGGCAGCACAGACCACCCUGUGGAACCUGGACUCGUCCUUCCUGAGCUCGGCCUCCUGUGAUUCUCCCAGCAGCCCCUCUCCCCCGCUCGCCGCCGCCCCCCCUCCGCCACCAGUCCCGGGACUCAAGACAACCAGCCAAUGGAAGCUGAAGGUCCAGCUGUCACAUGAUCUCUGCAUGGAGGGUCAGCAGAGAGUCACAGCGUCAGUUUGUUUCUCACUCAUGACCUCCUUCAUGCAGAAACAUCAGUUCCGUCCUUUUACAUUCCAGACCCGUUUCAAACCGGGACGCCGGCGCUCAGAACCCUCCACCCAACCGCUUGACCUCCGUUUGGUCCUGGUGGAGUUUGUCCUCGGCUCGCUGAGACGCUCCGAGAGUGAACGUGAUGAAGUGCAGGACUGGAGACGAGGGAGCUCAACGACUCCGUCCACUGCUGCCUCCACGCGUCACUGCACGGGCUGA